CAGGUUUAAAUCCUUCCGGUCAGAUUGAGAAACGGGACCUGAUCUCAGACCCGGCUAAUCGGCAUGCGGGGCAGGUUCAUGCAAUGUGCCGCAACGGUGCACUCGCCCGAAGGAUCAGCAGACAUCGAUCGAAAAAAGAUCAUUAAAUUUGUUUUAAUACUCAGUGUCCGGGGGUUCUCGAUGUCAGCUGUAGCGAAAACUUCCAUGAGGCUGCAAACUUCCUUCGGCCAGGAGAUCAGUACGGUACCUGCACAAAAUGAUAAACAUACUCCUGUCUUGGCGCCAUAUUGAGUGGGUCACUCAAAUCGAGGCAGAUGGUUGGCUCUUUCUCGUCAGUCUCAUCACUACGCUCUACCUGCUUUACGUUUCCUGCACGACCGGCGUACGAUUCAAGAAGAUCGGAUGGGUCUUUCUUGGGUUUGUGGAGUCGAUGGUUUUGUUCAUCCGCGGUAACCGCAAAGGCCUAGACUUAGCUGACAAACAACGGUUGUUGUUUCUGUGGGCUGCCCAAGUGUUUACUUGCUUUGUGCUAUUUUUGUGGUCAUUGCAGGACUCAAGUUUGGAACUAGGCGAAUCCCUCAAAGAAGGCUGAGCAAAAGGCUGUUAAGCCUUGAAGAUUAUCAAGGGUUAAGCAACAUCCGAGCAUAAUUAAUGGCUGAGAUGGGUUGGUCUUGGUGGACGAUAUUUCUGCCGAUAUAGAACAUGAUAGCACGCUUUAGAGCCUCGAAACCAAAUCAUUAGCUUUAAUAAAGGUCCCAUUGGGUAAGUCAACCUACCCACUUUUGGCCACCACAUUAAAUUUGGUCUUAAAACAUCACCACUAACUACACUUAAUUAAUUAACUACCUUCUACUG